ACAACAACAACAACAACAACGCGACUGGUACAUCAGCAGCAGCAUCGACUGCACCAACGCCAUCCACGCAUAAACGAGUCGAUGAAGAUAUAGAAAUCGUGAGAGCCAUGCACGAUCGUAUGCUCUUUUUACUCGCCAACUUGACAGGUAGUGUGGUUCAGGUCACUGUCAAAAAUGGUGUUAAAUUUGAAGGCAUGUUUCAUGGUGCAUCAACGGAAGGCGGUGAUAUUGGCGUAGCAUUAAAACAUGCACGCAAAAUCCAUGAUCCUCAAGCAUCGCAUAAUGAAAAGACCAAAGUCAACCCAUACCCAGUCAAGCCUUCCAUGUUGAUUAUGGGAAAAGAUCUUGUUGAAAUCUUUUCGCCGGAGACUGACUUGACAGUGGGCGACGAUUCAUUCAAGACGGAUACAGAUAUCAGUGGCAGGGCAGAUGUCAAGGAACGAGAGCUGUUCAAAUGGACGCCAGAAGAAGGCGCAGGCGAAUUUGGUGCUUUAGAGGGCGAGGAAGCAGUAGAUACACAGAAUGGCUCAUGGGAUCAGUUUGCAGCAAACGAAAAAUUGUUUGGUUUAAAGACUGAUUUCAAUGAAGAACUGUAUACGACACGAUUGGACCGAUCCGCGCCUGACUAUAAGGAUCGUGAACGAUGGGCUAUUGAAAAGGCAAACGAGAUUCAGCGAUCGGCCGUAAACAAUGUGCACGUGAUGGAAGAACGUGGUAUUGCUGUAGAUGACAGUGGCAUGGAUGAAGAGGAUCGUUAUGCCGGUGUUGUUCGUGAUAGCAGCAAGUACAUGCCACCCGCCUUGCGAAAGCAUAUGCAGCAACAACAACAAGGUCGAAAGGAUGACAAGAAGCCCGAGAACAAUCCUCUACAGAAUAUCACGACGGCCAAUAUUCCCAAGGCAACGGUAACUGCAGCUUCACCAGUGACUAAUUUGCCCAAUGCCCGACAAGAUAGCAACGAUAAGAAACAGGCGGGUGCCGCUGCCGCUGCUUCAACGGCUACCACCACCACUGCUGCUGCUGCUCCCGGACCGGAUGGGCAACAAUCGAAACGCAUUGAAACAGAGAUCGCAAAGACAUUUCGAGAGUUCGCAAUACAGGAAAAGGACAAGCUCCAUGCCAAGAAACAGGCACUGCAAAAGAAGGAAAAGGAGGAUAGGUUGGCAGAAUUGAUGAAGUUCCAUCAAACGUUCAAACUAAACGUCCCAGUGCCUGCAGAUCUUGUACCAUUGUUGUCCAAGGGUAAAAAAUCGUCGGGUAGUCCAAGCAGUGAGAAAUCGUCGCCUCCUUCAGUAACGUCGUCGGAAUCGCCCAAGAAGCAACAGGAAGACAAGAAGCUGGUUGCUUCGCCUCCUACUACAACUACUCCUGCCGAACCUGUCAAGGAACAAGCUGUCAAAGAACCACAGCAACAAGUUGAAAGUGGCAAGCCUACAGCAGCAACAGCAACCACUACCACGACUACAACAGCAGCGGCCAAGAAGGAUAGUGCCGAAAAGACAUUGUCAAAGUCACCUUUCAAGUUCAAUGUCAAGGCAAUGGAAUUUAAGCCCAAUCCAUCUGCCCCGGUCUUUGUGCCGGGCGGCGGAGGUGGCUCGAGCGUCACCAGCACUGCAACUACUACUGGCAAACCUGGAUCGACAGCGUCGGGUGACAGUUCUCCGUUCUUUGCUGGUCGUCAGCUGAAGAAGGGAACAGCCGCGGAACAUUUAACUAUUGCCGAAGCGUUUACGCCACCUUUUGCUAAGGGUAAAGAACCAGUGACUCCUAGCUCGAUUGGUCCAACUUGGCCGUUUGGUUCCAAACAAUACAAGUAUCACUUUAACCAGUAUGCAAACUAUGAAGAAGAUAUGUUUACCGGUUAUGGAUCGCCUGCUUAUCCUUAUGGUUAUCCCCAGUACCGUUAUCCACCUCAAUAUGUACAGGCUCCUAUGGCUGUGCAACAACCCGGCCAUCCAUACAUGAGCCCUCAACAGUUUGUACAUAACGUACCGUUGACAGGGGCGCCAAUGCCACAUGCGGGUGCACCUCCUGCCGUCGCAUACAGUCCACAAAUGGCCAACGUUUCGCCUCAUGGAUCACCAUUCCCUCAAGGUUUCCCGUCACCACAACGAUCUCCAAUUGUUCCACACGGUGUACCGCCACACCAAGUUUAUCAGUAUCAAGGCAACGGUCCUCAUGGGCCAGUGAUGAUGAGAUACAGCCCCGAAGGCAUGCCACCUAACGUCACGGCAGGACCAGGUCCAGUCAUGAUGCAGCGACCAAUGAUGAUGGAUCCUAACCAAAUGCACUAUCCACCUCAACCACACGAGCAACAUCAAGGACCACCGCCUACGCACAACGAGCCGCCAAGUGAACCCUUACCAUCACAGUAAAUCGCAGUGAAAAGCAAUAAAAUCUACACUACCUCUCCCCAACCCCAUUCCUCUUCACUUUCUUUCCUACACAGCAACUUUUUUCUCAUGCACAACUCACACAAUUUGUAAAUUGAAACGCACAACAACCUCUCACUCUCUUUCUCUCUAUCUUCCAACCAACUCAAUCGUACACACACACACACACACACUCUCUCUCUCUCUCUCAUGUUAAUUUUUUUUUGUUUUUCUUUGGAUUUUGGGUUGCAUUAAUUUUGGUGUGCCACACACAAGAAAAAGGAAAGAACAAUUGCUAUUGGUUGUGACCGGGUCAGCCACUCAAUUUCCCUUUAACAAAAGA